CUUCCAUUCUCCCAUUGCUUCUGGCUGAGUGAUGUGAUUCACCUUGAAUUUCCACACAUCUCAGACUCGGUCGCUCGCUCGCUCAGUCAUUUCAUUUUGUUCAAAGCAAGCACUGAAGCCCACUCUCCUCUGAUUCUGAUGCUCGUUCAGCAGCGUCUCAGAUUUGGCGGGCUUUCGUCGUCGUCGCUGUCGCUGUUGCUGUCGCUGUUGCAGCCGCGGCCAAUCCACCGCACCCACAGCGCACAAGCGGCCAUCACUGCGACCAGUACUGCUGCUGCGACGACUCCUAAUGCUGCUGUUGCUGUGAGAGCACCGCGGGCGUUCGGUUCGCUCUCGAGCGGUCUUGGCGGCAAUGCACUGCUGCUGCUGCGCACACUCGCUUCGUCCGCGUCGUCUGCCUCACCGACGACAUCACCACCACUGCCGCCGUCAACGCAGCAACCAACACAACCAGCGUCGUCAUUGGCGUCCACUCCUGGCGCGUCGCCGUCCUCCUCCUCGCCGUCCGCCUCUUCGCCCUCAUCGCCGUCCACAUCGCCAGCUUCCGUCGCUGCAGGACCGCUCCCACCGCCGCCAACAGUCUCGGCCACGGUGCUGGCAACGCCUGCCGCAGCACUCGCCGCCGCUGCUGCCGCUGCUGCCAAGAGCGUUGUCGCCAACCUGCCCGGCACAGCAACCCCGCCGUCGUCCGACCCGACGCUGCUCAGACCGCGGGCAGCCAAUUCUGCGAUGGGAAGUGCGUCCGCACAACCGAGCCAGCUGGUGGACGCCGCGAUCGGCACCGCUGGCACCUCUGGAGCACCGCUACCAUCCAUCGCCGCAGCUACUGCCGGACUAGCAUCCUCAGGCGCGUCCAUUGGCUCUGUGGCUUCAGUAGGAGGAGCACCUGCUCAUGCAAAUUCAAGCGUAGGCCACGCUGCAGCUGCAAACACUCUAAUGCCCGGUACCUCCUCUUCGUCCUCGUCGUUGUCGUCGUCGUCGUCGUCUUCGGGCAUUCCCCAAAUGCACAACUACUUGUCGUUCGCAGUGCCACGAAGCGAGAUUCUCCUCAGCCGAAACCACUUGCCAAACGACGCGUUCAUGUUCCACUUUGACACGCAUCGAUUGGUCCAGAGCCUGCGACGACAGGGCUUCACCGAGCAACAAGCCGAAGCCGUCAUGGUGGCACUCUCUGAUAUUUCGGCAAGCUCGGUCAACUAUAUUCUGCGAAAUGCCAUGCUCAAGAGCGAGCAAGACCAAUUCCUUGUUCGCUACCAGGGCGAUCUUGCUACUCUGCGCAAAGAAAUGCAAAUUCUCGAAAAGAGCGAGUUUGCCAUCCUGCGCAAUGAAGCAGACAAACAAAAGGCAAACAUGGACAAAAUUACCGAGCAGCUCAAAGAGGAAAUCGCCAAGCUCAAGGCAGGCGUGCGACUCGACUUUAGCUUGGAAAAGUCGCGCAUUCGUGAGGAUACCACGGCGCAGGAGCACAAAAUCAAGGACACAAACAAUCGCUUGGACACUGAGAUUGCUGGACUACGAACGCUGAUGGAGUCCAUGAAGCUGGAUAUCAUCAAGUACAUUGCGGGUAUCAUUGUUUCUGCGCUUACUCUGAUUCUUGGUUAUAUUCGCUUUGUUAAAUCUUGAGGGCAAAUGUGCUUGGCGAGAAUAGUCAGUUGG